ACUGACACAGAAAGAGGAAGAAGAGAAGGAGGAAGGAAGAGGAGAGAGCGAGAGAGAGAGUUCUGCUGGUCUGCCGUUAGCAGCCGUCUGGCUGUCUGUCGUCCUGCAGAAAUGUCCUCCCGGGCAGAGAGUAAGACAGCCUCCCAGUUUGUGUCUCUCACCAUGAGGCUGAAGGAUAAGCUCCACCCACCGAGGAUCAGAAGUUCUGAGCGAAUCAAACAAACCCUGUCACAGAGACCCAAACCAUGUGAUCUGAACUUGCAACACGAGCCGGUGUGUGUGUUGGCAGACCAGCAGCGGGCCAUCAUCAGCUCUCUGCAGUACUUCAAAGCUCUGGUGGACAGGCUGGGAGUGGACAGACUGGUUCUGGACCCGUCAGUGGUGGGCGGUCUGCUGGGGGGGGCGUCCAGCGGGGUCCUGGAGGCGGUCCAGACUCUGGUACAGCUGGAGCCGCAUCUGCACAACAGUAAGACCGUCUCUUCCUGUCUCACCCGUCUCUACCUGUCUGUGGCUCAGCUGAUUCACUGGGCUGAUCAGGUUAUGCUACAAGGCGUCGCCCACGGCAACAAGGACUCCGCAGCAAGCGUUACCGUGGUAAUCCGGGCUGUGCUGGACGGGGUCAAGGAACUGGUCCGAUUGGCUGCAGAGAGACAAGGUGCCUCCGCCUCCUUGUCUCUUGUCCAAUCACCGGUCACCUUGGGACAGACAUGUGGGUUUGACAACCAUCAGACAUCAGAGAGGACGUCUACGUCCUGGAGUUUAGGAGCUCCUGCAGAGAAGGAGGAUGAGCAGACAGCUUUGGCUCCUCCUAAACCCCCAAUGCCUCUCACAGAUCCCCUCCCCCAGGUGUCCCUCCUUCAGGUGUCCACACAGGGACUCAGUCCUCCAGUCCUGCCGCCGAAAAGGCGUCAAUCUUCAGGUCCCGCCCCCUGCAGUGUUGCUAUAGUAGCACCAAGGAGACGAGAGCCUGAAGUGGACAGACAGGAGGACGAGUGUUUGAAGCGCUGCUCUUCUUCAUCUGCAGACUAUGCUGCUGAGAACACACACUGUGAGGACGACCCAGACUACGACUUCCUCCACACUGACCUGUCCUCCUCUCAGACGCUCCCUCCUCUUCCUCACCCGGCCUCCCUCCCCCCCGCCCUGCCAGAGAAGAGACGCUGCAGCACUGCAGAAACUACCAUGGGUAAGGCCUCGUUUUCGUUUGGGUUUGACGCCGCCCCCCCUGAGAAGAGCCACUGUGAAGAUGUCGUUGGACCUGAUGAGUCACCUUUGUCCCCUCUGUCCCCCAGCCAGACGCCACCCCCCCUCCCUGAAAAGAAACGACACAUCCAUCAGUACCUUCAGUUCUGUUCGUCCUACAGCGCUCAAUCAGCAGCCAUGUUCUACCAGCGACCUUUGACCUUCAGUCAGCAUCACAGUAGCAGGCAGCAAGACCUGGAGACCACUUACCGUCUCACACACCUGGACAGACAGACAUUAGACUCCACCCCCUCACCUAAACUAUGUCCUGCUCCAGUUCUACCACCAAAGAAGAGACAACAGGAUCCAGUUGGACCGUAUGAAGAGGACUGGACCAGAGACAGGUCUCAGAGUGUCCAGUAUGAGGACCAGCAGGAGGAGGUUCUCUUGACAGACUGGCAGGAGGUCCUCCAGAGGAUCACCAUGAAGCCUCCGGAUGAGGACGGGCCGGACGUCAAAGCAGCCUCUCCGGAGAUCCUAUUGGUCCAUGCCACCGCCACUGACAGCGGAGCAGAACAGGUGGUGUACCGGGAAGCCUUCCUCUCCACCUACAGGAGCUUCAUCAGCCCCAAAGACGUCAUCAUCAAACUCCAGCAAAGAUACAAACACCUGAGUGAACUAGGGGAGCCUGAACGCAUCACUGCUGCCAACAACACCUUCCACCUGCUGGUGAGAGUGGUGGAUGAGUUGUGCGCCAUAGAGCUGGACUCUGAUUUGCUGUUGCUGCUGAUGGAGCUGGUGUUCAGCCUCCUGAUUGGUGGAGAGCUGGGUCUGGCCCGCCUCCUGCGGUCCAACAUCCUGUCCAAGAUGGAGCAGAAAUGGCUGCUCAUUGGCUCUCCUCAGUCGCUCCGUCCCCUCGCAGCCAGGGGUGUGACUGCCAGACCAGGAACCCUUCUGGACUUCAGGAGUCAGGAUUUAGCUGAACAGCUGACUCUGCUGGACUCUGAACUCUUCUGCAAGAUCGAGCUUCCAGAGGUGUUGCUGUGGUCUAAAGAGCAGAAUGAGGAGAAAAGUCCAAACCUAACCGAGUUCACCCAGCACUUCAACAACAUGUCCUUCUGGGUUCGUUCUGUAAUCAUUCUUCAGGAUAAAUCUCAGGACAGAGAGAAACUGCUGCUGAAGUUCCUGAAGAUCAUGAAGCACCUGCGGAGGCUGAACAACUUCAACUCGUACCUGUCCAUCCUGUCAGCACUGGACUCCGCCCCCGUGCGACGCCUGGACUGGCAGAGAAACACAGCUGAGGCUCUGGAGGAGUACAGCUCUUUGAUUGACAGCUCAUCAUCUUUCAGAGCCUAUAGAGCAGCCCUGGCUGAUGUGGAACCUCCAUGUAUACCCUACCUGGGCUUGAUCCUUCAGGACUUGACCUUUGUCCACCUGGGGAAUCCUGACACAUUGAUGGGAUCAAAGGUCAACUUCUCGAAACACUGGCAGCAGUUCAACAUCCUGGACACUCUGAGGAGAUACCAACAAGUUCCUUACACUCUGCAGCCUAAUGAUGACAUCAUAUCGUUCUUUAAUGACUUCAGCGACCACCUGGCAGAGGAAGCAUUGUGGGAACUCUCACUCAGGCUCCGCCCACGAAAUACUCCAAGAGCCAAUCAGAGAUGACACAUCAAAACCGAUAUAACCUGUGCUAGUUUAAUGCUAACAUGUGGAAAUUGAGAAAUUAGAUUGUAAUAAUCAAAUCUUAAUCAAAGUGGUACUGAACUUGAUUACACUGGAUUAAAUUGGUCCUAAUGUGUCAUAUAAAGGAAGCUGUUCACAUACUGAGCUAAUUAUGGCUAACAGCAAGCUAACAUGCUCAUCUGGACUAUUCCAGCAAUAACUGACAUACGUUAGCCUGGAGCUAACAGGGUUUAGCCAGGUGUUAGCGUGGGGUUAACCAGGUGUUUGCUGGGUUUAGCCAGGUGUUAGCCAGGUGUUAGCCAGGUGUUAGCGUGGAGUUAUUCAGGUGUUAGCUGGAAUUAGCCAGAUGUUAGCAUGGGGUUAGCCAGUUGUUAGCGUGGGGUUAGCCAGGGGUCAGCCAGAUGUUAGCGUAGGGCUAACUAGGUGUUAGCCUGGAUUAGCCAGGUGUUGGCUGGGAUUAGCGUGGGACCUCUACCUGUUUCUGACCUGUGUACAAUUAUUUACAGUCAUAUUUAAAUAAAUGUCACUCCUCACCAGUUGAUUAAUAA